AUGGCAACUCAAACGAUGACAGUACCUCCUCAGAUGAGAGUCAAGAUUGGUAAAAAUGAGAAGUUGGCUCCGGAGAAUGAGAGAUACAUGAGUGCAUGUGCUGAAAUUGUGAGCACCCUCAUCCAAGAGCAUGACGCACAAUAUGAUGAAUCAAUUCCGAAGAAAGACAUCAACCUCAACAAGCUCCGAGGACAGAUGGCAAAGAAGCAUCGUCUUAGCAAUCAGCCACCUCUUACAGCCAUCAUCUCUGCUGUGCCGGAGCACUACAAGAAAUACAUCCUGCCAAAGCUGAUCGCGAAGCCAAUCCGCACCUCUUCAGGCAUCGCGGUCGUUGCCGUGAUGUGCAAGCCUCAUCGCUGUCCGCACAUCGCUUUCACCGGCAACAUUUGUGUCUACUGCCCUGGUGGACCGGAUUCCGACUUCGAGUACAGCACUCAAUCUUACACUGGAUACGAGCCUACCUCUAUGCGUGCCAUUCGCGCUCGAUAUGAUCCUUUCGAACAGGCUCGAGGCCGAGUUGAUCAAUUAAAAUCGCUUGGUCACUCUGUGGAUAAGAUUGAAUAUAUCAUCAUGGGUGGCACUUUCAUGUCUCUACCACAGGAUUAUCGAGACAACUUCAUCUCGCAGCUUCACAACGCUCUUUCAGGCUAUCCAAAUACCACAAAUGUCGAUGAAGCUGUCCUGGCCGCCUCACAAUCAACGAUGAAAUGUGUAGGUAUCACUAUCGAAACUCGUCCUGACUAUUGCCUGGAUACGCAUCUGUCAUCUAUGCUCCGUUACGGCUGCACUCGGCUAGAGAUCGGAGUCCAGUCUCUGUACGAGGACGUCGCUCGUGACACCAACAGAGGCCAUACGGUUGCAGCUGUGGCUCACACAUUCUGUCUUGCUAAAGAUGCUGGCUUCAAAGUUGUAUCCCAUAUGAUGCCAGAUCUUCCCAAUGUUGGCAUGGAACGCGACCUAUACCAAUUUCAGGAGUAUUUCGAGAACCCUGCAUUUAGGACUGACGGGUUGAAAAUCUAUCCUACUCUAGUCAUUCGUGGGACAGGACUCUACGAAUUAUGGCGGACAGGAAGGUAUAAGAAUUACACGCCGAAUGCACUCAUUGAUAUCGUGGCUCGUAUUCUUGCCCUCGUACCGCCGUGGACUCGGAUCUAUCGUGUACAGCGUGACAUUCCGAUGCCCCUUGUGACCUCAGGCGUUGAGAACGGCAAUUUGCGCGAGCUAGCCCUUGCAAGAAUGAAAGAUUUUGGGACCUCUUGUCGAGACGUGAGGACGAGAGAGGUCGGAGUCAAUGAGGUCAAGAACAAGAUUCGACCUUCGCAAGUUGAAUUAGUAAGGAGAGACUAUGUGGCCAAUGGAGGAUGGGAGACCUUCCUGGCAUAUGAAGACCCGAAGCAGGACAUAUUGAUCGCUUUGCUUCGUUUACGGAAAUGUAGCACGGCUACUACAUUUCGAGCCGAGCUCAUAUCACAGCCUUCCAGCCUGGUUCGCGAGCUGCAUGUUUAUGGCAUGGCAAUACCUGUGCACGGUAGGGAUAAGGCGAAAUUCCAGCAUCAAGGAUACGGCGGGCUUCUGAUGAAGGAAGCAGAAAGAAUUGCGCGGGACGAACAUGGCAGCACGAAGAUAGCUGUCAUCAGUGGAGUUGGUGUCAGAGGCUAUUAUGAAAGGCUAGGAUACUGGCUGGACGGGCCUUACAUGAGCAAGAUGCUAGAGAAUGCCCAGGACACAGGUGGAGACAGCGAAAGUGAUGAUGAUUGA